CAAGGCCAUGGAAGCUACCAAGAAGGAAGAACCGGUGGAGGAGAAGGCCUUGGCGCUCUGACGACCUCUGCCGUCAAGAUCAGUCGCCCGCCUAAGCUGAAGGGCAGCUCCAAACCCCGUAUCUGUAGUCGAAGCCAAAGAAAGGGAGAAGGAGAACAUCAACAGCAGCAUCAGCGACAUCAAACAGAACAACACCAACACUUGUCAGAACAAAAUGGAGGAGAAGAUGCACGCCGUACCAUCUAAGGAGGACGCUUACGUCUUCAAGGAGGAAGAUGAGGACGAAUUUGAAACCAGCUUUCGAAGUCUUAAGAGUGGGAGGAGGAAGUCUCAGACCCUGAAGGAGACCCAGUGUUCGUCGGAGAGAAGAAGAGCGAAGAGGGCCGGGCAAGACCACGGUGAAGAGAAACUGGUAGCAGAAGAGAAGCAUCUGGCGAUAGAUAAAGAGGAAAAACGGCCAAAUGUCGAGGAGAGGCGAACGGCGGUGGAGAAGAGAAGCAGCACGGAGGAAGAGGAGGAGGAGAAGGAGACGUCGACAGCAGACAACAAGAAGGUCGCCGUGGAGGAGAAGAAGUCCAUCGGGGAAGAGAAACCGCCGGUGUUAGAGAGAGACAAGGUGACGGCAGAGAAGCAGCAAGCGAAAGAAAGAGAUUUGGUGAACAACAAGGUAAGCAGUAAAAGAAACAGUGUGGUGGAAACUACGCCAACUUCAAGAAAUUCCCGGAGAGUUGCUUCUAGUUCUUGGGUCCACUACGGGGAGUACACCAAUGACGAGGACUCCCGAGGCAUAGCCGAGGACGAUCACAACUCUGUGUCGUUACCAAAGAGCCGGAGAGAGACUUCUUCAACCCGGAGCAGAAGAAAGGCCGAGCCAGAGGAGAAGGAGGAAGACAGGCGGAGGGAGAGCUCGUCUAGAAUCAGGAGAAGAAUAGAGUGCGAGGAAAACGAGAAGGAGAACCGAAGGGAACAUUUAUCCCGGAGUAGAAGAAGACCAGAGCCCGAAGAGAGCGAGGAGGAGAAUCAUCGGAGAGGGGCGACGGCGAAGAACAACAGAAGAGUCGAAGCCGAGGAGAGCGAGGAGGAGACCCGCAGAGAGACCUCGGCCAGAAUAAGAAGAAAAAUAGAGAUGGAGGAGUUUGAGAGAGAGAGUCGUAGGGAACUCUCAUCCAGGAGAAGACGAAGAAUAGAAAUUGGGGAAAGCGAAGAGGAGAAUUACAGGGAACCGUCGACUAGGAGUAGAAGAAGAAAGAUAGAAACCGAAGAGAGCGAGGAAGAGAUCAAACGGGAACUGUCAACGAGGAGCAGAAGAAAAGUCGACGUCGAGGAAAACGGAGAAGAACCCAUGAUGGUGACCCGAGAUACGUCGAGAACGAGAAGAAGAGUCGAGGCGCACGACGUGGAGGACCAUCCGGUAACCAACUUGAGGGAAUCGUCGCGAACGAGGCGGAAACAGGAUCCGGGUGGAGCCGACCACAGAAAAGAACCUCAAGAGCUUCACACCGAGGAAUUAGAAAGAUCACACAGACUCAGGAACAAGCCUCAGAUAUACUCCAGCAGCACCAACACUAGGGAGGCCAGAAGAAGGAAACACUCGGAAAUUGACGACGAGGAAGAGGUGACGCCGGAAGUAAACAACAGGAGCAGAAGUGCGAGACUAAGGCCACAGGACCCAGAAGAGUGUUGUCUCAGUUCCCGGAGCAAGAGGAUGAAGAGGAACGAGGAAGUAGAGAGGAGCGCGAGGAGAAACAACGAAGAAGUGGACAGAGUAACCAGAAGUAAAGAUGAAGUAGAAAAAUUGGGUAAAAGAGAUGAAGAAGUGGAGGAGACCGGCAGGACCAGGAAAUCAAAACGCAUCGAAGAACAGCCCGAGCCGUUUAACCUGAGACCCAAGAAGCCAAGACCGAGCCGCCACCUAGAGGGAGCUGCAGCAGGACUCAGAACAAAUGUCUCAAGUGGUCCUACCAUCGAACCUGAAGAAGAUGAAGAUGAGGAUGAAGAAGAAGAGGAGGAGGAGGAGGAGGAGGAGGAUGAAGAAGAAGAAGAAGAUGAAGAAGAAGAAGUGGAAGUAGACAAGGAGGAGGAAGAUGGCGUGGACAGCACAGACUUGGAAAUGCCACACCUAGAGCCCAUGGUUGACAUUGAGAAGCGACCAGAAGUUCCUCAGCCUGACCAGUCAAUAGAAGACAAGAAACAAGGAGGAGAUCACAAGACAGAAGCCAGAUCAGAUACUAAUGUAGAGAACAAGGUGACCUCUGAUCCAGAUGAUAAAGCAAGUGAGAGUGACCAACCCUCGCUCGUUAGGAAGCGUGGCUGGCCCAAGGGUGUGCCUCGUGGCCCAAAGAACUCAAAUCGCGGCCGAGGUCGGGGCCCGGGUAGACCGUCGGGCCGGGGACGGGGGAGACCAAAAUGUAAAGGGGAGCAAAAGCCUCCUGCAGUGGAUGCUGGUGAGCUGCAAGAAAGUUUGCAUGAGGAUCCUGAGCAGCUGAACAAACUGACGGAGAACCACCGGAAGGUCAGUGAUGAAAAGAAGCUGAAGAUAAAGGAGACCCGGAUGGAGGCAAUAGAAAAUCAUCUGGAGGAGGCGGAGAAUCCGUUGGGAGUGACAGAGAACCAGUUGGAAGCGAAAAAGCAACAGUUAGAAGUGACAGAGAACAAACUAGAAACAAAAGAGAACCGCCUGCAAGUGACAGACAGUCAGCUGGAGUUGAUGGAGACCCAGCUGGAGACACAUGAGCCUAUGCAGGAAGACAAACCCAAAAGUGAGGAAGUGGAAAAUGGUAUACCUCUCAAGAGUGUUGAAAAAAGUACUGUGGUGAAGAAAAAUGAAGAAAAGAGCCAGGGAAUGGAAGUGUGUGAGGAAAAUCGUGUGGUGGAAAAUAAUGGUCAGUGUAAGACUGCGGACAAAAGUAGCAGUGAUGAAGUAGUGCAAAACAGUAGUGAUGAUGUAGUGCAAAACCUGACAAAUUCUACCAGUGAUCUGGAGAACGUUAAAGAGUGUGAUGCUUCCUCCAACAGUAAACACUUAAAUACAAAUGACAAGGGAGAAGCUGAAAGACGAGAAGACGAAAUGGAAGUGGAAAAAGAAAACCAUGACCCUGCUAAGGAGGUGGUAGUGGAGAAAGAAGCAAGUGGGGAUGGAGAGCAGGAACUAAGUGAGGCAGACAAGGCUGUGGCCAGCAUCAUGAACGGAACCUGUGAGAGUGUCCCCAAUGGAGACUGUAUAGAGCAUGAGAAUUACAGCACUCCACCCCCAGUAGAGGAAGUUCAUGAAGUUGUAGAAUGUAAAGUAGGAGAUGGUAGAGUGGAUGAAGCAUACCAGGAGGAAGUAACCAAGGCUGUGGAGAGCAUCUGGGGAGGAACAGAGGAACGAGACCCCACACUGGGUGAGGAUAACAGACCGUCAGAGAUUAUAGAGGAACCCAAGAGUCUUGGUCCAGCCCUUCCCCAACUAAAUGUGUCUACACUCUCACAUCCACCUUCACCAGUCAUUCCUCCGUGUCCUUCCUUACAGUCAGAAAAUGAAAUAAUCCCACCAAGUCCUACUAAUUCUCUUGAUCACUCUAGAUCCCCAGUAUCCUCUGUCCCCCCAUCACCCAUCCCCAGCUCCCCACCUCCUGCCCCAGCUCCUCCAUCACCUACAUCACCUUCCCCUGUGCCAUCCUUGCUUCCUUCAGACUCACCAUUAGAGCCACCCUGUGCCCCUGCUCCUGUUACACCUACCUCUCCACAGUCCCUAGGAUCUCCACCUUCACCAUCCUCAAUUGGAUCUCCUGCCCCUCUCCACUCUCCCUCAUCUCCAGUGCCAGAGGUACCAGUUGAACCAAUGCAACCAGCUUCCCCCCCACGAAUGGGCCUUUCCCCUCAGCCAAUUAGCCUUGAGGACACACGGUCUUCAUGUCACUUGCCAGUAGUUGGGGAACCUGUGCCUGUAGCUGAAACUCCCUUGCUAUCCACAGUAUCUAGUCACCACAGUCAAGAGGAACAAGAUAGUAAAGAUCAGCAUUGUGAGCCUGUGAUAGAAGACUUGCAGCAUCAGCAACAACCAGAAAAUCAACAAGAACAAGCCAAGGAAUGUUCUCAAGAGAGUGAAGGUCAUGUGAGUGAGCCACAUGUCCAGGCCACAGUUCCUGGAGUACCAGAUACUCUUAGUGCUGCUGGUCGCCAAGAAGAGACCCUUGCUUCACAAAUGGAACAGACGUAUGAGCCCGUUGAUGCCCCUAAAGUAGAUAAUCAUCCAACGGGCCAAGAGGCGGCACACACACACGACCUUGCAUUAGAAGUUGGAGAUGGACCUAAAGUAAUAAAUUCUUCAGCAGGUAGCACACCACCCUCAUCUUGUGGGUCCACCAACACCACAUCUGUGAUCACCCGUCAAGCACCUACCCCUACCCCACCACACCAACAGGAAGUUAGCAGUAUGGGAGUGUAUACACCAGAUUCAACCACAAAUUCUGUGCAUUCAAUGCAUGGGUAUUCUUCACAAGGUGAUUUUGAUGUGUCACAGCUUGGCAUUGAGUCGCCAACAUCUAUAUCUAGUAAUGAAAUGGCACACUCAGUUGAACCCCCUCAGCAAGCGUCAACACCACAGAGCUAUAGUGAUUGUGCUCAAAUAUCCAGCCAACAGGUCCAGCCUCCGACACCCACCCACGUACAGCCCACUACUCCAACCCAUGUACAGCCUACCACUCCAACUCACACUCAACCUACUACUCCUACUCCUCCACACAUAACAAGGACCACUCCAACACCAACCCCUAUAUUGCCACAACCAAUUCCUCAACCACAGCCACAACCACAGGCCAUCAUUACACAGGCAGCUGCUCAAACUGUUCCUGCGAUAGGGGUUGUAACACUACCCCACACACAUUCACAUCAAGCUCCAGCUAAGCAUCAGCCAUCUAAACAGCGGCAUAUCCAGCCCAAACCUCCUUCACAGCCACAAACACAGGCUGCUUCUGCAGGUUCCCGGCCACCAUCCAAUCUUAGCACUCAGUUGUCUCCCCAGUCUGUAGCAGCCAUGCAUGUCUCAAAUCAAGUAAAUGUAAUGACCCAACGAAUGGUAGCAUCAACACCCCACCCACCCUCAGGCCUGGGACAGCACCACCCUAUGUCCUACCACCCUCAUGGUGCCCAUACCCCGCAUCCACCUCGCACACCUCAUGUCACACACUCACAUUCACAAAUGCAAAACUUUGGUCAUCAUGCAAAUUACAUGAUGAGUCCUCACCAGCAAAUGUUGGGGCAUCAUGGGUCAAUGAUCAGCCAGGGCUACCUGCCACAGCCAUCUGUGACAACCUAUGCUCAGGCACACACUCCUGCCCAUUCGUCUUCGUAUAUGACCUCGGUUAUACAGUCACGCAUGGGAGGCCCAAGCACUCCGCAGCAAGGUACAAGCCAUAACUCGUCAGCUUCGGCCCAACGCACCAUUCAAAACUCCUCAUCUGCCUCAUCUCAGCGUGCUACCCAUGCAGCCAAUGCCCCAAGUGUGUGUGGACCUUCAGGAGGCAAUUACCACUUUCUUAAUUCAAGCCCCCCAGGACCAUCUCCUACUCCAACUCCCAUGGCUAAUGAGCAGCAGCAUCCAGGAGGAGCACAGGGAAGUGCCUCUUCCUGUAGUAUAGCACGGUUACAGCAGCUCACAAAUGGGAUCAUGGACAUUGUGCCACCGCCUCCUUGUGCAGGCGUAACUCCUCCUCCACACACCGUGACUCCUCCCCCGUCUCACACCGUAACUCCGCCACCUACAGUCACUGCAGCCGCUGCCCAGCGUAAUAUGACGCCACCCAUCUCAAACUUACAGUCCCAGGUGCCGUUAUCAUAUAAAUACAAGUCACACCAGGCAGCAGCAGCUCAGAUGUCCUCCAAUAUGAUGGCCCCAACAGUGUUGGGGUACCAAAUGAAUGGUUACCGAAUGCCGGGCCAACCGGGGGCCAUGUCGGCCCUCAACACAUCGUACCUGACCAACCCUUCAUUUAUGAAUCAGCAGCUGCCCAUGCAGAUGAUGAAUAUGCAUCCCCAGGCUGCUGGCCAGUACCAGGACCCACGCUCCCAGCCCCAGAACACCAUGUACCCACCAUAUUCUUAUAUGCCGCCACUACAGCUCAACGGCACCAUGCGUCGAUAGUCUCAACACUCAAAUCUCAGUAUUUUAAUUAUGGUGCUUAUUAAUGAGUAGCAACUGUCAACGCAAGUGCAAUGUUGGUGUUGACUGUGCUGGAUCCAAUUACUGAAAGUAUCAAUGACUUAUGCAAAACUAGGCAAUAUUUUGACUAGUGAUAUAAGGGUGAGUCAGGGUAUGUGAUCAAGUGAAACAACACAAACUUUUAAGUGUUUUGAAGAACCCUGACAUCUGUAUUGCUUGAAUUACACAAAGAUUUUUUAGUGAAAACUCAUAUUUUUGGGCCUGUUGUGAGAGCUAUAUUUUAGAUACUUAUUUAUGGUGUUUAUACAUGGUUUAAAGAAAUGAUAAUAUAACUAAUUUACUUUUACUUGGCAACUUUGAUGGUCAAGUUAAUAAUUUAGAGACUCCAUGAUAUGUGGAGGAACCCUUAGUGAGCAAAAUAAUGUUGAUACCUGUAUUUUGGCGUGAUCCUGGUGUUCUGAGUUCAGUUUAAUGGACUCAGGGUGAAGCCUGAUUUUCAUCUAAGUACAAAGUGAUCUUAAAUAAUCGAUUAAUUGACUGAGAAGUGUGCUUAAUUGUUAUAGGGCAGUGUUAUCUAAGUUUAUUUUAGUGAUGAAACGUCUUAGUCUUUUACGUUGUGAUACUGAGCUUGGUGUGAGGCCAAUGUCAGCAUAAUGUUUUAGUGAUGGCAGGAAUUGUGGCGUUUCGGGCCCCUGUUUCCCAGCGGAUAAUCAUAACUCGAGUAUAUAUGUACAACAUGUCGGUCUAAGGUAAGUCGGCUUGGAUCUGGCUUUAGAACGCAAUAAAGUCAUCUUUUGUGGUUAGGUUUGUAUCCAGCUGUAGAGGCUUUUUUGUUUGUAUUUAUUGUAGCAUAAACCGUGUAAACUAUUGGCAGAGCGCUGUAUGGUGACUCUCCAUUUGUACUUGUUUUUCUUUUUUCUUUGUACUUUGUGUAGAUUUUGCAUUUCUUCUCUUGUCUUUCAUAGGGAAACAUAAUUUUUGUUUUAAAUAUGAUUUCCAUUCUCAUUGGUAUGAGAGCUUUAGUUAUGAUGAUUAUGAAUAUUUUCAUAUAGCAGAUGACAUGUUUCCCUGCCUUUUUAAGAGCAUUUAUUUAUCUGACCUUUGAUUGUAAACAAAUUUCUUUUAGUCAUAUUUAACUGCAAUAUAUGGUCAGUGCAGCCUUGAGAUAUUAUUGAAUAUUUUCAGUACAAUUUGAGGAUUUCUAUUUAUGUUUUGUACACUGGUUAGGCAUUUUUUACAUGGAAAGGGAAUCCUCUAUUGUGUAAUUUAGAAUGGAAUAUCCUUUUUCGAGUCCCAUGGAAAGAUGCAAUAUUGGUCCUAAACUGUUGCCCCAACCAUGUGCAUUUAUUAUGAGGCCACUUGCUGUAACACAAACACUUAUGAGUUGUGCUCUGACAUAAACCGGGGCUGUCAUCCUAUUAGUGAUACAAUCCACAUGUUUAAAAAUCCUUUAAUGUUUGAAAGCAUAGCCAAGCAGGGCAUUGUGUGGGCUGGUGAUUGUGUGAAGGGGCAGCGUCCGAUGGCGGAUCAUCUGGCAGAUAAGGGCAGCAUUUUAUCUGAUUAUGAUCACCCAUAAGAUCUUGUAACUAAGCUGUACAUUUUGCUUUUUAAAAUGUUAAAUAAAAUACUUUAUUUAAAUGUA